AUGUCCGGUAAAUCGUAUGGUAUUAGGGAGAUGAAAACAAUAGUGGAAUAUCUAACAGAGAACAAACUUUACGGUGAAAUCCGAGGUAGAAAGAUGUGGAUGAAUUUUGCAAACACCCAGCUCACUACCAGAACCUGGCAAAGUCUGAAAGAAACUUUUUUGAAGCGCAUUCUUCCUGAUAUACACAAUCCUUACUACAGCCUUUCAACUGAGCAAAUCAAUAGUUUCCGAGCUGGGUAUGACGUAAGUGAUAAAAAUAAAAAUAAACUUGAAAUCCACACUGUAAGUGAUGAGUCAAAUGAUCAAACUGAAAAUGAUACACCACAGACCGAUAAUGACUAUGGAAUUAAAGAGGAGAUUAUGGCAGGUGAGAAUAUAAAAUGUUCAAAGAUCCCUUCACAAAACAGAUCUUCGGCAGAUACUGUCAUUGUUGAUACGUGUUAUGAAACCGCAGAAGAUAUUCAAAAGGAUUUGGAGUCCCCAGGUGGUGACAAAGAAACAAAGUCACUCAGAGAUUGCAUUACUUAUUCUGAGCCAUUAACGCCAAUGCUGCAAGAAGUAUUGGAUGAAUUUCAAUCAGAACCAGAGAAUGAGCCUGAGACAUCAGACAGAGAAAACCAAGUUGAAACAAUUCACACUGUGCCAGAUUCAGAUAAUAUAACUAAAGAAACCUCAGAACCUAUGAAAGAGCAUGAUAACACAGAUAAUGGUGAUAAUAAUAUUUCAAAGAAGGCUACAGAUUCAACAAUAGAUAAAAGAACAGAUUCUAAAGUUGAAGUAAAUGAGUCAAAAGAUGAUAGCAACAAAAAUAUUCAAGAAUCUACAUCAGAUAAAAAACAUCUUAAAUUAGCAGAUGAUUCCCCAGAUAACUCAGUUCAAGAGGCUGUUAAAUCAGUUAUUGAAGAAAAUCAAUUUGAAAGUGAAAAUCAUAAAACUACCAAGAGUCAAUUGGUGGACAAUGCUAUAUCAUUAGCCAAUGAUUCUGAAAAUACAGAUGUUGUAGUAGUGCAUGAUUCAAACUCUGAAAUUAUACACCCUUCUGAUGGUUUAAACAAUUCUAAUAGCACAACAGAUGCUUCACUUCCUAAUAACCCUGAAGCACUAAAGAAAGUAUUAGCAAACAAAAAUGACACAAAACUACACACUAAAGCAAACAAUACCAAUAUUAAAGGAACAAGGAAACGAUCAAAUUCUGAAGACACAGAAAAAAUUACAAAUAAUAAGAAAACAAGGUUGAACAGAAAGCAACCUAAAGCUACUUCAGAAACAGAAGGUAAGGGAAAAAUAGAAACAAUUAGUGAACUAAAACCUAUAUAUAAUCAUCCAAAUGAUAAAUCCAUAGAAAUAGCUAACAUACCCAAAAAAACAGAUAAGACAAAUCAGAACAAAAAAGAUCCCGUUUCAUUAGAUACUAUAGAAAAACCUUCAACCAGUAAAAACAAUAAUACAGACCAAGUACUCAUUAUAUCAGAUGCUGAUCAAAGCCCUAAUAUAAAUGAAUCUUCUGAAAUCAAAAAUCCUUGUUUGCAAAAUGUGAGUUUAUUUGAUGAACAGUUUAAUAAAACAAAGUAUAACACAUCUGAAUCUGAAGGUGAGUCAAUUAAGAAGAAAACAAAAGUAAACAAAGAUAAAACUGAAGAUAAUAAAGUAACAGAGAAGCAAAAUAAAAGAGCGGUAGUGGUGCUCAAAUCACAUUCAGAGUCUGAUACUGAACUUCCAACUUCAUCAAAAAAGAAACAUAGACCUGCAGUGAUGUCAUCAAAGACAGAGAGAGAUAGAGCUUUAGCAAAUGUAUUUGGAUUUUCCAGUGGUGCAGCAAAUUCAAAACAGCAAAGGCAGUUGACUCGCCGUAGGAGGACAAUAUCGCAAAAUAAUGUGUUGCAUAACAAUGGUAGAACUGAUUCAAGCGAGUGGACAUCCGACUUGGAGAGCGAAGCUUAUGUGUCGCCUCCGCGCAGCAGAAAGAACAGACAAACAAAAAAAUAUUUGAAACCACAAUCUGGCAGAAUUCUUUCAUUGGAAGAGGAAGGAGGCUUGUUUGUUAUGUACGGCAAGAAAAUUUACCCUCUGGUCAAAGAUGGCAAAUUGGUUAAGAAUUAUCUCACGUAUUUACCUGAAUCUGAUUCAGAAGAUGAGCACAGCUAUUGGAAAUUGAAAUACGAGGAAGAAAAGAAGAAGGCCGAAGAAUUGAAAAGGUUAUUACAGAAAGCAAAAGAACCAAAAUCAAGAAGAUCGACCUCUCCCUCUGCACAUCCUAUCGCAUUGAGAAAUUCUACAUGCAGUCAUAGCCAUGCACAAGGAAAUACGAAUGAAACUGGUAAAGAAGUAUGUAUACCGAAGAAUAAUGAAAAGAAACUCGAACCAGUACCAGCUUCUUCGGAGAACAUUAAAAUUAAAUUUACGACUAAAAACGAUGAGGAAAUACAUUUAGAAGGUAACUGGCCCCAAAUCCAUAAUGUUCUGGAACAUGUGGUGCAUAUAUUUCAUAAGGAACCACAACCUAUCAGUUCUAGCCGGUCUAAGAGUGUUGUAGAACCCCCAAGCUCAGUACCAAGUGGAAUAUCAACGCCAGUAGUCAUAACAGCAGUUCAAGAGCCAGGUGUUGUUGAUUUAGAUGUUCAUGAAACAGUGAAUAAAAUAGAAAGUGAAAUUUUCAAAGAAAUUGAAGAGAGGGAUAAAAACGAGAAAGAUGAACCUAACGGACAAGAAAACAAUGUUACAAAAAGAAAAGUAGGCAGACCUAGGAAAUCAUCGCAAUCAUCAGUUUCCCAAAGCCCUGCAAAAAUAAUUAAAACAUCUGAAAUAUCUGACUUGGAUAAACCUGAAAUCAAUGCGACAAAUGACAAGGUCACAGAAGAAACUGUAAACGUUGACACAAGUGAUUCAUCAAAAAAACAGCUUCGAACGCCGCGGAAAACUUUAAAUGAAUCUUUGAACAAUGAUACCAAAACUGUUCAGACUAGACGCACCAAGCUGAACACAAGCCUAACCAACGAGGCGAAGGAUGAUGAAGAAGUCCGAUAUAUGUUCCCGCCAAAAACUAGGAGACAGACAGCGAAAGCUAUAACUACAGAUAAAAACUCAAAAGCUAAAUCUCAUAAAAGUACGGUUAACACCACGAAGAGGUUCUCUUCGCCUGAAACUGUUUGUUCGAAUUCUUUGGAGAGUACUCAAGGCUACCAGGAUAGUGACCCUAGUCCUAUGAAGAUGGAAUUCAGAAAAAAGAAAAUGAUAAAUGUUUCUGAAAUGAAAUAUAAAACCAUUAGUCAUUUGCGUCGCAGUAGUAGAAAAAAAUCACAUCCGUAUUUACGUUACGACGGAGGUGAGUCUAAUAACUUAUCUCAUGGAAAAAUAGGCGAUCGGGAUAAUUCUACCCUUAAUUCAAAUGUCUACAGAUCUGAAUCUUAUGAGUUAUUGAUGCCUGGAACAAAAAAACCGUUAAGAAAAUUAGAUUCUAUUAAUGAAACAAGUCCUAUGGGCAUUGAAGUACAAUUUGUUGAUUUAGAUUCAACCAUAAAAAAUAAAGAAUUUUCUUCUGAAAGGAGUGCUGUUGAGCAGAACACUGGCCAGGCCGACAGCGAAUUUGGUAGCUCUAGUAAUAUAUCUUUGCCGUUGUCUCCAGAACUAUCGGUUGUAGAAAGCUUUUCUGUUUCAAAAGAUUUGAUUAAAACUAUGGAAGUUGGGCCUACUAUUAAUGACAUUCAAUACAUCCUAGAUGUGAAACUAAGAGAUCUGCUUCUCGAAAGUGCUAAAAAAAUUAGUAAAGAAAAUGAAAUGGAUGUUGAUGAAACUAAUGUAGUGGUUCAAAAGAAAACAAGAAAUAAGAAAAGAUGUUCCACUCCUCGUAAACGGCAAAAUUCAACAAGGUCUAAGAAAGUUCCUAAAGUACAAACUCUUGUAGAAGAGGAGCAUACUGAAUCUUUUGCUAAAGGCGGCAGGCAAUCAUGUCCGCCUGUAAUUCAAGCCUUAAUGCCUGACGAGCAAGAAGAAAUUGAUAUUGCUCGUCUGACUAUUGGCGAGAAUGUCAAAUCAAAAAGCAGAAAGAAAAAAGAUAUCAUUAAGGUAAAAAUACUCAAACCCAAAAGAAAAAAAUCUGAAAAUGGAACUACGAAGUCAGUAGAAGAAAGUAAAAAAUCUCUAUUGAUUGACAGUGGGAUAAACGAUACAGAAUCUGGAGUGUUUCUUCGUGGAGAUGAGAGUGUGGACCUCAUACAUAACCAUUCUGAAACGUGUCUACAAGCCAAUGAUUGUAUAGAUAGUCUCGAAUUUGUGGAAAAUUCUGUCAAAUCUAUACUUACUAUAGAAGAUUCUAUUCAGUCAGCUGACGACAUUUUAUGGAAAAGUCAAAGCGAGUUUUUUGACGACCAAAACAUUGUUCCAGAAUUCUUUUGUAACGAUGCUCAAGACGUCAAUAGCUUUUACAAUUCUAAACCACAUGACAUCGAAACCUGUGAGACAGUGUACCAUAGUCCCUUAGGCACAGAAUCUAGUCUAAUAACUGAAGAUCUUUCUGAUGAUUUACAGCAAUCAGUGAACAACGAUAAAUGGUAUCUACUCAGUGAAGAUGAAACUAGAAAUACGAAUACCACGAAUUUACUUGACAACCCCGUCAAUGUUACUAGUUUUGGUGCCAAUCUUAAACAGAUAUUCCCUAUUACUUGUGCCGUGCCAGACUUAUCUACUAUCACAGAAAUAUCUAGAGAAAGUAAUAAUAGUCGAAGACCUGUAAACGAGAUAGCUAGCGGUGAAGGUUUCGAUUCCCAAAGUAUUUUCGAUUCAAAUUUUUAA